UUCCGUGGCUGCAUUGAGAGGAAAAGAAUAAACAGCCUUAAGCUAAGAGAGGGGAGAUUCAGAAUAGAUAGUAGAAACAUUUUUUUUCACUGUUAUAACGGUCAGACAUUGCAACAGGCUGCCCAGGGAGAUGGUGGAGUCACCAGUUCAAGAUCUGGCACUGGGCGACGUGGAUUAGUGGUUUAAGGGUUACAGGGGCAGUGCUAGCUGGACGCUUCAACCGGAUGAUCUUAAAGGCCUCUUCCAAGCUAGGUGAUUCUGCGAAUGAAGGCGGCGAGGCUCCUGUGUCCCGUUUCGGGUGAACGGCAGCAUUCCGCGGCUCCGGCCCGGUCCGAGGGCAGAGGCCCCGCAGCGCCGCGGCCGCGUCCCGUCAGCUCCGGGGCGGCUGCGCGCGCCUCUCCCUUCCUCCUCCUCCUCCUCCUCCCUCCUCCUGCCCCCGACAGGGAUGGAGGCCAUCGAGGAGCUGGCGGUCCAGCCCUGCACCUCCUCCCUCUACCUGCGGCCUUUCCGCCUCUCUUACCGGCAGAAUGGCACUAAGAAGUUCUGGGAUUUUAUGAGGACACAUGACAGUGUGUCAAUCCUGAUCUUUAAUACUUCUCGGCAAUGCUUUGUUGUGGUGAAGCAGUUCCGCCCAGCUGUUUACAUGUGUGAAGUGGAAAGGCAUCAUCCUCAAGUCUUUCAGAAUCAGGACAAGGAGAGCCUUCCUUCCCUGGAGAACCCCUUACCUGCUGUGGUUGGAGUGACCUAUGAACUCUGUGCUGGCAUUGUGGACAAGCCAGGCCUUUCUUUAGAAGAAAUUGCUUGUGAGGAAGUCUUGGAAGAGUGUGGCUAUCGUGUGUCCAUUGCAGACCUCAGGAGGAUCACUUCCUACAGGUCUGGAGUUGGUGUGACAGGUUCUAGGCAGACACUGUUUUAUGCAGAAGUAAACGACCAGAUGAGAACCAGUGGAGGAGGUGGCCAGCCUGAAGAGGGAGAGCUGAUUGAAGUUGUGGAAAUACCUUUAGAAGAGUCCAUGAAGUUUGCUUAUGAUGAGACUUUCCCGAAGACAAUGGGUGUCAUCUUCAGCUUCAUGUGGUUCCACAGCAACAUAGCACCUAAACUACCCAAAAAGUAAAGCACCAUGAUUUUAAUCAAAGCUUUUCUGCUGGUGUUAUAUAUGCAGAAAGCUGCAAAUCUGCCUGCCUCAAUCAACUCAACUUCUCACAAGACAAAUCUUUCUUUAAAUAAAUUUGGAAGUGAAAUCAGAA